AUGAAUGCUCUCCUCCGCGCCGCGCUGUUGUUGGCGCUGCUGGUCGUCGGGACCAGGGCGAUCCCGGACGACGACGAUGACCUCAUCGUGAUAGGCCAGGAGAUGGACGCGGACGCAUCGUCUCCGCCCCUCAAGCAGCACCUCUCUCGCCCGCCCCACAGCAAGCAGCGCGCUCCGCCGCCUGCCCCCGCCCGCAGCAUAUCCUGGGGGCUCCACCUCACCGACAUUCACCUGAACAUCGACUAUCCGGACCGCCUGCACUCCCUCGAGGACCUCGUCCGGGACAUCAUCCCCACCAUACAACCAGAGAAGGUGAUCAUCACCGGGGACCUUGUGGACGCGAAACGGAAGGACAUGCGCGCCGAGCACCGCCCCGCGGAGUGGCUGCAGUACGCGCAGCUCCUGGACACCAUCUCCGCCGCGGGCGUGCCGCGCGACGCCGUCCUGGACGUGCGCGGCAACCACGACAUGUUUGACGUCGGGCUGCGCGGGGGCGCGCGGGACGGCUUCAUGAAGCACGCCGCGAAGCCCGGAACGCACCGCGUGCUCGUGACGGGGAUGUACGGCAAGCUGGAGUGGGUGGCAUCGGGCGGCGCUGCGGGCUCGUGGGAAGUAGCGGCGCGGCCGGAGGCGCCCGGGGGGGGCGAGAAGCGGCGGCGGUGUCCGGCAGCGGCGCUGUUGGGCAUUGACUGGUCGCCCGCCGUGGGGCUGAAGGGCCCGCUGAACUUCGCGGGGCUGCUCACGCGCGAGGUCCAGGACGCCGUCGAGGACGGGUCGGACCGCGCGGGCGUCCUCAAGCUGCAGUGCGCGGUGAUGUCCGGCAGCGGCGCCGCGAGCGCCACGCCAGUGAUCGCGUACGGCCACCAGCCGCUGUCCGCGAUAUCGAACGCCGGCCGCUCCACGAAGAGCGCGCUCUCGCUGCUGCUGUCGUCGGGCGUCGCGGUGUACCUGAACGGCCACCUGCACACCGCGUUCGGGAACAACACACACCGCGUGUGGGAGGCGCCAACGGAGCGGUCCGAGGACAGGUCCUUCAUGCUCGAGAUCAUGGGCCGCGACCACAAGAUCAACAAGGCCUUCCGCGUCCUCGCCGUCGACGACGGCCGCGUCUCGUGGGUCGACCUGGCCCACCGCGGCGGCCGCACCGUGGGCACGGACCCGGACGUGGUGGUCCACGGCGCCGUCCUCGCCGUAACGGCCCCGGCGGACGCGCGGUACUCUCCGCUCGACAGCCUCGACGCGCACGUGGCGCGUCCACGCGAGGUUCACGCGCUGGUGUGGCCCGUGGCCGGGAGCGCAGACGUACCCGCCUGCCUGCGCGACUCGCCCGGGGCGCCGGUCGCGGACGAGUGCUUCGCGGCGUUCCACGCGGGCAUCGCCGUGCACGCCCGCUGGUCCUGUGUGGGGCCCGAGCGCUACGGCGACCUCGGGCCGGAGCGGUUGUCAGGAGACACCCCCCUGACGCAUGCGGGGGGGGCGCUGCCGCUGUACGCCGGGGAACUGCCGCCCGAGACCAUGCGGUGCGAGUCUGACGUCAGGCUGCAGGUGGUCGCGCGCACGAACGGGCCGCGCACCGGCAGGGACUCGACGUCGCGCGUGGUCCGCACACGCUCGCCGGGCGCCGUCGCCGCCGCGGCCGCGCGAGGGCGGCGGUCGCUCCUGGAGGAGGUCGCGCCGCGCAAGCUCGACCUCCGCUUCCUGGAGUGGCUCGCGCUCGCGCCGCACUGGCAGGCCCUGAUGGUGGGGGUCUCCGUUGCCGCGUGGACGCUGCACCUGGCAAGCCUGGCCGUGCCGCGGGCGUUGCUGAAGCUCCGGGGUGACCCGCCGCGCGCGAGGCGAACGCGGCGCUGGUGCUGCGGCCUGUCGCCGACAGCGCUCCUGGGCGGCGCGUUCCUGGACGCCGCGGCCUGCGACGGCGCGUGGCGCGUGCAGCUGGCGAACGUCGCCGCCCUCGCCGUCGUGCCGUGGGCGCUGUGCCACGUCAGCACGCAGAUACCGCCCGCAGCGCUGACGCCGUGGGGGCUCAUCCUCGUGGACCUCAGGACGGAGCUACUGACGCUGUUCGUGACCGGCGACACUACACUGGUCACCGUACCCCACUACCUCUUCUUCCUGCUUCCCGUCGCGUGGUGGACUGCGCAGGUCCUCUCCCUGGCCGCGUCGCACGCGGCGCGCAGCGCGCGGCCGCCGCCGAGGCGCGCGCCCGCCGCGCUGGCCCUGCACGACGAGGGCAGCGUCGACGACAGUCGCGCGCAGUCGCCGUCGCCGCCGAACGGCGCAGCGUCGCCGCGGAGCCCACGGUCCUCGGCGUCGCCGGAGCGCAGGGGCCGCCGGACGAGGGCGCCGCCCUCUGCGAAGUCCGGGUUUCAGUCCGCGGCGUCUCGCCUGCCGCCCACGCCCUUCGUGGGCCACGCGGUGCCACCCAAAGAGGGCGGCGAGGACGGCGGCGCGGCGGGGCUGCCGUGGUGGGCGAUCCGCAGCGCGGUGCUGCACCCGGUGCUCCUGGCGGUGUUCGUGGCCGCGGCAGGGUUCCAUCUUUGGAUGUGCUACUAUUUCUGGUUCAGGUUCGGGUGGUGGUUCGUGGUCGCGUCGCCGGGCGUCACGUGGCAGCUCCCGGUGACGCUGCUUGCGCUGGCGGCGUCGGUCGACCGGCGGCGAGGCAGCCCGGAAGAGCCGCGCGCGCGCCGGCGGCUGUGA